AUGAUCGCCCAUUCGGGUCUCUUUCGUUACAGAAUCCCGACGCUGUUCCGAACCGCCUUGGUCUUGCUAUCAAUACCAUCGUCUGUUCGAGCAAUAUCUCUGGCAAACUUCCAAGAGAUUUCGGGAGCUACCCUCGUCUGCUCGACCGCUUACGACGCGAAUAUUCCAGGCUGUCAGGCAUCUGAUUUUGCGGAGAAUGCUGCGUGUUCGAAUGCCUGCAUCACUGCGUUGGAGGCAGUGACCACGCUCGUCAACGAGGCAUGCGCCGGCUUGAAGGCAGACCCGGCCUCGCUCAUUUCUAUAAUCUUGGGCGGAAAAGGUGUUCAGGCUCUAUGCCCAAAUGAGGUUACAAGAACUUCGAAAACCAGCUCGGCAAAAACAACAACCGCCUCAACUGUAAUAUUCAAGACCAGCACGCCGCUCAGCAUUGGAAGCAGCACCAUGGUUGCAUCGUCUCUACCUAGCAGCUUCUCAAGCUUGGUCCUUGAUACCUCAUCGACUCUCCUUUAUCAUUCCACGAAGAGCAUGACCAAAGAUUGCUCAAGCAGUACGGUUACAGUGAUAGUGACAGCUACCUCUGCCGAGCCAGAUACCACGGCGACAAGCUAUUCCCCUCAAACUUUCUCUUCGUCAGCUUCCAGGUCAACGCUUCCGUCGCUAGAGUCCAGUCCUACUACCAACGUCAUCGUGAGUACGUCACAAGUCAUCAUUACUUCUUCAUCGAGCCCCCCGGCAAGCGGGAGCAGCAGCAACAGUCCACAAUCAUCCUCUUCAUUGUCGCCUGCUGCGUCGAGUACUGAAAGCUCAGGAGCCUCAACGGUGACAGCUGCAGCCACAAGUCCUACUCCUUUUUCCUCUAGCCAUGGGCCUAGCACCACCUCUCAAACAUAUUCAUCUCCUUCAUCGUCAUCGUUGUCUCCCUCUCCGUCCUCAACGAGCCAUACUACUUCCAAACACCCAUCAGCCACUGGCGGUGCUGGCGACCCCUUCGAUAUUUAUGUCGGUGCUGGCUCAUCUUACACUGUCCCAAAUGGACGUUUAUGGCUUUUAUCUGCAUUAAUAUUGCUUGCAAGUGCCUUCUUCUCAUGA